UUUCUUGGUUUCCUUCGUUCGAGACAGCUGUAUUGCGCUGCAAUGAUCCGGCACAAAGGCUAACCACUAAUGUGUUUAUUUAAUUUUACAAGAAACUCGUCAACAUUGAUAAAUUCGUUGAAAAGCAAGAACGAGAACCAAACAUGAUUGUGAAAAAGGCAGUCUUCCUUUUGCAGGUCAGUACAGGGAUAAGCAAUUGAAUAUUUUCUUUAACACAAUUAGUGAAGGAAAAAUCAGGGGACUUACUCAAGCUGAUGAUUGAUGAAAAUGCAGACUGAUUGUCAAUAUUUUUCUCCCUUUUUGCUCUGCUUCAAGUUGAAGCCAAAGCAGUGUGACUAAUGCUCAGAGUCGCGUAAUGUCGAGUACUGUCUAAACAUCUUUUUCUAUCGAAAACUAUCAUGGCUUUUUUUUUAAAGAAAAUUAAGGAUGGUUUCGGACCAGAAUAAGUAUUGGGAGACCUAGUUAAGAGUUAAGUGCGGGGAUCAAUCCACUGACCAACGGACAGUUAUGAACAUCGUUUAUUAUGAUCACUGAGGAAGCCGUCUGCCUUCUCGCCGGGCGGUAAACAGUGUUUUUAAAUGUACUGUGUGGUAAGAAGAGAGCAUUUAUUACUGAACUGUAUUUAGUUAAUGCACUGCAGAACACUGGUCAAACAAACUAAUUCAUCGAAUUUAAUACAUUUUUCGUGGCUCUCUCAUCCCCGAUUUCAGCUUGGGGAGAAUGUUAAAAUACGGAAAAACUGCGUGAAUAAGCUAAUUUUGUCUUCCCCUUCUCUUGCAGCUGCAGGUGUCAUUUCUAACCACACAUGCUGCAGGUGAGAUGAAUCAGUUAAUUCUUGAACUUAUUCAGAAUCAGCUUGCUAAUCAGCUCAUCGUUUUAUAAGCAUUUUUCUUCCGUACGCAUCACGUUCCCUCGCUAAGGAACCUAAAAAUUUGCAUGAGAGGACAACGCGGACGAAGUCUAAAAACUUCCGUCUACUCUUUGGAACUUGUCGGAAACAGAUAAUCAUGCGCCAUUAUUUGUUUUAUCAUUAGAUUUUUUUAGUUCAAGGUUAAAAUAAAGUUUACCAAAUAACGCCAAUUAAUACAUAAGAAUUUACAAACUUUCCCUAUUAGAUAAGUUAUGUAAGAGAUCCGAGCUGCCCGCAGACAAAUUGUGGCUAUAUUCUAAUCAGACAAGACAGACAAUAAAUAAUGCAAAAAAAAUAAUUGUUGUAGCCUACAAUGAAACGGUUUCGUUAAUUAUUUGUCCAUAUUUCUUUUUUCUUAUCCAUGGUAUUCAACUUUACGUGUGUCAAUUACGGCAACGUAAAAUAGAGCCGAGUUUGCACAGGGUCGCACCUAGAAAGUACCGUUAAAAAAAAUGACUCAAAUCUCUAUAUGACUCAUAUCUCCAUGAACUUUGCAAUUCAUGUCUCUAGAACUUUCUACCUCCGGUUUUUGCCCUGAAGCCCCGAUCUGUCAAUUGCUCCUAGAGUAAGGCAGGUGUCCAAAAUUCACAGCUUAAUUAAUUUUUUGCUUUUUUUUCCCCUAUGGAAAUAGAAAUGAUGGCAAAGAUUGUAAAGCUGCCGUUGUUGCAGCUACUACUGUUGCUGUUGUCGUCGUUUUAGCUGGAAAUUUUAUCUUACAUUUUUGUUUCACUCAGUUUGCCCUUUUGCAAUGGAUGUGGCGUUCCUCCUUGACUCAUCUGGCAGCAUUGGACAAAACAAUUACUUGGACAUGAAAAGAUUUAUCAACGAAGUCAUUGAUCAUUUUUACAUAUCUCCAAAAGGUAAGCAAAUAUUAUUUCAGCUAGUUACUUAAAAACUUUAUUUAAACUGUUUAGGACCUCACCAGUUUGGUUAUUGCAUUGUUGACCUGACCUCGACCUGCUACGACUCCACAACCAAAAAGAUAACUCAUAGUCCCAUGGGCCAAUUGCCUCCUCGCCUUAAUCCCCCCUAGGCGCCUCUCAAGAAGAUUAGGGCGAGAAGACUAUUUAGACUAUAUAGUACUGAGAUAUUAGGGCCACGCCAUGGUUUGUGCAUUGUAGAGAAAAAUGCAGUAAAAGAGUUUAAUGUCUUUUGGGAUAAAUCUUAAUCAUCCUCUACAUUCGUCUUUCCGCUUUGGUUUAUAAAUACUUCAUCUGUGUUUCUUUACCAUCUAACAAACUGUUUUUUCUUUUUUUCAAGUUUCUUUCAUUAUGUAAUUAAUUUUUAACACCUUUUUAGGAAAGCAACAAAGUCGUAAAUAUAUUUCUUCCUUUUUAAUCAUCAGACACACAUGUGGGUGUGGUUAGUUUUAGUACCCAGGCGCAAACAGAGAUAAGAUUCACAUCUAAGCAAACCGUGGACGCAAUAAAACCGUCUGUUCUUAACAUUACCUAUCAAAGCGGCGCUACACACACCCAUCUUGGCCUCAACAAAGUCCACAUAGAUUUGUUCUCUGCUCAGGGUGGAAUGAGGACGAAUGUGCCACACGUUCUAUUAGUGAUUACUGAUGGAAAAAGUUAUAAUGGUGAGAAAACAAAUAAGCAAGCGAAUUAUGUUAUUCGUUUUGCCACGAAUGAUGGGCAGUAUGAAAAUGUGUGAGUCCCACCAAGAGACUAGAAUCUCGUGGUCCCACAUGAGAAAUCCACUAUGAACUUCAAAACCACUUUUGCACCUAUGUUCUACUACUGAGCUAAGGAAACUCGUUGGUCAGUUGGGCCAUUACCAAGGGGCCAUUCAUUAAAAAUCAAGCUUAUUCGAGUAUCUGUAGCAUAGUUAAUUAGGAUUUUGGUGGGAUCACAUGCUUUUACGAUACGAUACGAUUCGAUAAAUUUAUUUAUACACGAUAUUUUCAUCAGUCAAUUAAUAUACCAGACUAUCUUCCUGACUACAAUAACAUUAAUAAAAAUAUUUCAAAAAUAAAAACUGCUUUUCGUGGAGGCCGAAGGGGGGUCAGUCGUAACCAAUAGAGUAUAAAGGGGGACGUCGACAAUAAAAAGUUGACUGCCAAUUGACUGCCAUUAUGUAGGCAUCGUUAGAAUGUUACAAAGCCUUAUAAGGAUCUGAAAAACGCUGGACUCCCCUCCCCUCCCCCUAAGUUAUUUGCCCCACGCUUGUGACAAUACGAACAACAUAUUUGUCCAUUCGACGACUGCUAUCAGAAUUUACCAUCUUCCUCAUUCAGUGCACAGCCAAGAACAAUUACUUAUAGAUAAACUAGUAUCGCUAUUUGAGAUAAACUAGUAUCGCUAUAUAUAACGUAUUUCAUGAUUAGUUUUGUUUAUAUUCAUUCGCAAUGUUUUUCCCAGCUGAGCUGACAAGAAAGCAAGCUCAAUACCUAAAGGACGACGGAAUAGUGAUCUUUGCAUUGGGAAUUGGCUCCGGGAUCGAAAUGACCGAAUUAAAAGCUAUGGUUUCUAUGGAGCAAUACGUGUUUCUCUUCUCCUCAGUGAGGCAAAUGUUACCCUCGGAUAAGGCUUCAGACAUUGCAUUGGCUCUUUGUGCAGGUCAGUCACCCCUCCCCGUCCCUAAACCCUCAUUCCUGUGCGUGAAGAUAUGCGUUGUAUUCUCUAUUUUCUUUUGAACAAAUCAAAUUUACCGCCUAACUGAAAUAAUUGAUUGGAUGGUUACGUAAUCGAUACCAAAAACUUUUAGCAUUCGGAGGAGCGCAAAUGAUGAAAUUUUUGUCUCAAAUGCGAGAGCGUCCAUCGAAAAAUUGGAUGGUAGUGUAUCCAUACAUGGAAAAACAGGGUAAAAUAAUUAAGGAGAAAAAGAAUUUCUUUUGCCAAUACCCAGACUAACUGUUUUUAUACUGCUUCUUAUCAUUCUAAAAUGUUUGCGUGGAAAAGUAUGGUUACGAAAAGUUGCGAAUUGUCGUACGAGUUCUGAGAUGAAUGAAAGACUCAGAGUCCCCGGCGCGGAAUUACCCAUAAUCCUUUGUUUAUUGACGAGGUGCUCGAGUAAUUGCCACCUGAGGGCAAACGACUAAGUAACGGAGACCUUGGUUGACUGGCGCUCAUGACAGAUUAAUUCUACAUUUCAUCAAUAAAGAAUACUAAUUAAAUCAUUAUGUUUUCUCCUUUCACUCAAAUUGUAUUUCUGCUGUUCUACCUUCAAGUUGCCAGAACCUCGAACGCAAUCAUCCACCCGGUGAUCACGCAACACUCGCUCCUUCAGCAUACUGUAGUGUCACGCGUGACAGCAGACGAUCUGGAAUGCGCGUUCAUGUGCAUCAAACACAGCUUGUGUUACUCGUUUAAUUUCCACGCACCAACUCGCCUUUGUGAGCUCAGUAACGCGACAAAGGCUGAUCAUCUUAAAGACUUUGUUUACGAUCACAGUUCUGCCUACAACGAAUUGAUAUUUGUGUAAAAUUACGUAACCAUGACGACACCACUGAAAAUUAUUUCUAACUAGUGUAAGAUAGAAAAAGGUAAAGUCGACACUCAAACCAAGAGGGCCAUCCGGCUGGAACUUACCCGAGUUUCUGUAGCAUGAAGCGACUGGGGGCAUUACCAAUCCCCCUUAUCCCGGAUGGGAUGCGGAUCUAUUAAGUAAAUAAUGUAAAUGAUCUUCAUGUGCCUAAUGUCAGGGAAAACUGUGUGACUGGUUCACUUAUUCACAUACUGC